UUGUUAUCAUUGAUAAUAAAUUUGGAUAUAAAGAUAACUAUAUUUUAUUUUUAUAAUUAGCAUAACGUGCUGACGACCAACAAUCAAUUUAAGUAUAACGAUUUUCUAAAUCCUUUUUAACGUGUUAUGAUUGUGAAUAAUGUAUGUACGAAUUUAACUACGGAAAAAUCAUUAUUAAAGGAUAUUUUAUUUGUUUUGAGCUCACUACUUAAAAUUUACAAAAUAUUAAUGUCAGGGAGAGAAUAUAAUAAAUAUUAUAGAUUGUCAAAUAAGUCACAACAAACAUGUCAAAAUUCACACAGCCCCACAGUUCCUGAACAAUGGAUUAAAUGCCCUCGUAAAUCUUUCACUGCUAUAAAUAAUAAAUUUGUGGCAUUCAAAACACCAUUGGAUAGUAAAUAUGAUGAACAAAUACCUGCCAGAUAUAGAUUCAACACAGAGAUGUUGUUCUCAUCAUUGGUCAAUGAGAAGAUCAAUUUAGGUCUAUGGAUUGAUUUAACAAAUACUUGUCGUUAUUACAAUGGAUUUAUUAUAAAGGGUUAUGUAAAACUCCCAUGUAAGGGUCAUUACAGUCCACCUACUAAAGAACAAACAAAAUUAUUUAUAAAAAUAUGUUCAAAAUUUGUUGCUAAAAAUCCUUUACAAUGUAUUGGUGUUCAUUGUACUCACGGUUUUAAUCGAACUGGAUUCAUGAUAAUAACUUAUUUAAUUGAAGAAUUACAUUUUAAUGUUACUAGUGCCAUAACUCAUUUUGCAGCUGCUAGACCUCCGGGAAUAUACAAACAAGUUUAUAUUGAUGAAUUAUAUCGACGGUACUCAAAAAAUGAAAAACCUAUUUUAGCUCCAAAACCUCCAGAUUGGUGUAAGGUUAAUUAAUAAUUAUUAUUUUUUAUUUUGUACUCAUAUAAAUUAUUCAAAAUUGUCAUUACCUAUAUUUUUUAUAGUUGUAUUAAUUAACGAACUAGCAAAAUUAUUAAUGUCAUUUUAAUUAAAAUAUAUUCAGUAAAAUCCAUUUAAGACACUUUCCAAGAGACCAGGUAAAAAAAAAAAAGUACUAAAAGAGAAAUCCAGAAAAUUGUACAUUAAUCACAUACUUUAUUUUGUAUUAAAAAAAUUAUCAAUUUUGGUUUGUUUUGAA